GAUAAAGGCAAGUCACUCAUCAUCGCUCCUAGUAUUUAUAGGAAGGUGAGUGGUGUUUUUUUAAAAUCUAGGACAAGUAGUGUGGUCAUUGGUGUUGAAAUAAGCCAGUAGCAAAUACUAGUACUGAUCAUGGGAAGGCAGCCUUGUUGUGACAAGUCGGGUGUGAAAAAGGGACCGUGGACGGCUGAGGAAGACCGGAAACUUGUCGAUUUUAUGCUCACCAAUGCCCAGUGUUGUUGGCGGGCCGUCCCGCAGCUGGCCGGCCUCCGCCGCUGUGGUAAGAGCUGCCGCCUCCGGUGGACCAACUAUCUCCGGCCGGACUUGAAGCGAGGCCUCCUUAAUGAAGAGGAGGAAAAAUUGGUGAUUGAUCUCCAUGCUCAUCUUGGCAAUAGGUGGUCGAAGAUUGCGGCAAGACUGCCCGGAAGAACGGACAACGAGAUAAAAAAUCAUUGGAAUACACACAUUAAGAAGAAGCUUAUUAAAAUGGGUAUUAAUCCUGUUACUCAUGAACCACUCCAUGAGCAAGAAAUGCCCUCACACACUAACAAUUACUCAAGUUCUCGUGAUACUAAUCAGCAGAAGUCGUCCAAAAUCAAAGCUAUUGUCACUUCUAGUGACAAUUUUAGCUACCCAGCUGAAAAAUUGACUAUGGAAGAGUCUCAAUCACUACACACUCACAAUGAUAUUGAAGAACCAUUAAUGAGUUGCAUAUUAUCGGACACUUUUGCAGAUGAGGCGUUGUGGAAGUUCGUCGCUACCGGAAAAGAAAUUAGUGAGUUUGGGUUGUGUUCAUCAGAGGAUAGCUCUGAAUGGUGGUUGAACUACCAGGAAUUUGGUGAUGAGGACUUUGGUUUAGGGGUUUUUAGUGAUAUGGACAUGAACACAAACACAAACACAUUAAAGAUGGGUGGUAAGUACUAGUAGCGUGUAUGCUAUAGUUGGGCGUUGUACUGGAGGAGCACAGUUUACUGGAGAUGAUUUUCUUAUCCUAUAGUUCGUUUAGUCGGUCAUCUAUACCAAUAGAAACUUGACAGCGGUUGAGCAUAGAAUUGUAUGCUACUCUCUGCCUAGAAUGUGAAGGCAAUGGAGACUACUGUAAUUAAAACUGAUUGUAAAAAAGAUUAACAUUUGUGUAGGAGCCGGACAAUCAAAAGCUGGCCCACUUAUAAGGCUUUGUUUGGCAUAGCUUCUGUUUGUACUUUUAUGCAGAAUAAAAAUAGAAGUAUAAAUUAUUACUUCUAUUUAAUUUAUUAGUUAGC